GAUAAGUAGGUGGUGACGUUGCAGGGGCUCAGUCAGUCAGUCAGUCUGAGCAGCGGCGUUAUUUCAACAGCUGCUUCCCUCCUAUCAUUUGAGGAAAAGGGGAGGCUUCGCUGCCGUCUUCUGCACUUCAGGGUCGUGUUCCGUUGGACCAGACACAGAGGGGCCUUGCUACCGUUAUUCUGACAGGAAAAUCCUCCACAGCAGCCCUACUCUCUUUCCGCCGCUGUUUCCACCCCCCGUUAUUUCAAUGGACGUAACGUUACCUCAUAAUGACCGCAGACGCGCGACGUAGAAUGUGACCGUUAAAGUUCUUUUUUUCUUUCUUUUUUUAUUCUUCGUUCCCGCCUCUCGCUGCUGUUUGUAUCAGUGGCGAAAUUAACAGGCAUUCGGUUUUUAACUGAAGAAGAAGCGAAAGUAACGUUAGCGGUUUCAAUGAUAGUAUACCACAGACAAUUCAUGGGAAAUAAAGCCUGAUGUGUACAGCGCCAGACAACAAUAGCUCCUGGCAGAUGGAAGGAGGGGCUCGGCUUCGCGAAUUCAAGAUGGAAAACGAAGAAAUGAGACUAAGUUCUUGCGAGUAGCUGGAGGGUCUGUCUUCUGGUUUUUUGGUAGUGCUGGAGGGAAUGAUGGCGCGUGGUGUGGGUCGACAGACGGCGCGCGCAUCUUUCCUCUCUGUCACAGAGUGAGAUCACAGAGACAUCAGUCUGAGGAAGCAGUCGUCCUUCAGAAGGGAACUGCCCCGAAGCAUGACCGUCUGUCACUGGGGAGUGUCAGAGAAACGCAUUCCUGCAACUCAAGUUAGUCAUCUCCCUCGUAGGCCCACCUGCGGCCCUGAACACACCCAUCUGCCAGCUCAGAUAACCCUCAGGCUGUUUGCAACACAUGCUUGAUGUGAUUGGUUGUGACCGCCGCGCUUUGCUAAGCAGCCCCGCUCUACAUCAUGCAGUGGCGUCGGCGACACUGCUGCCCCAUCAAGAUGACCUGGAAUGUCAAGCGGUCGCUCUUCCGCACACAUGUAGCAGGCCUUCUCUCGCUGGCCUCACUCUUCGCCCUCUUUCUCAUCUACUGCCACCAGGAUUUGCUGCAGGGCCGGAGUUGGUUGCGAGACAACCCCUUGGUUUAUACCAUGCGGGGUUUGCGCCCCCACAAAGAACGUGCGAAGGGAAACCAAAGCUCACUGCGAAGCCUCUGGAAAGACAAUGGUUAUGUGCUCCCCAAACCGUCUGUUUACUUCAAUUUUAGUUCUCACCAGGCUGAAAUCACUGCGCGCGGGAUUGUGGGAUUGGAGUUCUCGCCGAGUGGCAACAAUUCGAGCACUAACGGUAACACCAAGAGCUUGCACAGGGAAAUGGGAGUGGGAGGGCGUCUGGCAGCCCAGCCUUAUCACUGGCUGCUUAAUGAGCCCUACAAGUGCAACGAAAGCAGUCCCUUCCUGGUUUUGCUAAUUGCUGCAGCGCCAAGGCAGUUGGAGGCAAGGAACGCCAUCAGACAGACCUGGGGCAAUGAGAGCGUGGCCAUGGGUUAUGGGUUCGUGCGGCUCUUUCUGUUGGGAAGGAUACCUAAUGCGUAUCCUCAGAGCUCCAUUGAGGAGGAGAGCUUGCAGUACCAUGACAUCAUCCAGCAGGACUUCUUGGACACCUAUUACAACCUUACCAUCAAGACGCUAAUGGGCAUGAGCUGGGUUGCUCGCUAUUGCCCGCACACCCGCUAUGUCAUGAAGACGGACAGUGACAUGUUUGUCAACACAGAAUAUCUCAUCCAAAAGCUGUUGAAGCCAAACAUGGCACCUCGACAGAAUUACUUCACGGGCUACCUAAUGAGAGGCUACGCUCCGAACCGCAACAAGGACAGUAAGUGGUACAUGCCACCAGAGCUGUAUUCCAGCGAGAGAUACCCUAUCUUUUGUUCUGGGACGGGCUAUGUGUUCUCGGGGGACAUGGCGGAGAAAAUCUACAACGCCUCGUUGAGCAUUCGCCGCCUUCACCUCGAGGAUGUGUAUGUGGGAAUCUGCCUGGCCAAACUGCGGAUCGACCCAGUGCCACCACCAAAUGAGUUUCUCUUCAACCACUGGAGAGUGUCGUAUUCCAGCUGCAAAUACAGUCACUUGAUCACCUCCCACCAGUUCCAGCCCAACGAACUCAUUAAAUACUGGAGUCACUUGCAAAGCAACAAGCACAAUCCUUGCCUUAACAUGGCGAAGGAUAAGAGCGGGCGGCCGCGCCAUAGGAAAUUGCAGUGGGAAGGUCUUCGGUGAUUAGCCAGGGCUCAGGGUACAGUAGUAUUAUCACAGCAUGUGCAAAAUUCAGCAGUUUUUGAGGUAGGGAACAGCACAAGUGUUUUUUUGGUAUUGUCGAUUAAAACUAUUUUUUUAAUUUCAGAGAGAUAUGUAUUGUAAACCUGUCUUUUUAAAGGGAAGUGACACGUGCAAUAUCUAGCAUGCACAACAAAAACCAUCCAAUGGCGUUACCCCGCCAUUUUCAGGUGCCAAUUAACCGGGACAUAUUAAGAGGUUGCUGAACUUCCUCUACAAGCUAACGUUCAAGUGAUAUAACCAAGGGCCAAUAUUGAGAUCCUCACUGUUUCUGUAUACAAAAGAAGAAGAAACUCAAGAAUAUCAUAUGGUGGUGUAUCUGUACUGUGAAACAUUUUAUUCUCAAUGAUGUCCACCUCUGACAUUGAGAUGAUGUUGAUUUUUCUAUCUACCUAAAACCUGCAAAUGGUUUACUAUAACCAAACCAAAUUAAAAACAGUAUGUGUAAAAGAUAAUAUAUGGAAUUUAAUUGCAUCGUAGAUGUCGGAUCAAAAUAAUAUUUUUCGAACCUUUACACUGACUAAAUAUACAGGUCUGCCCUUGAUUAGGGCAAGUUAAAGCUAUUUAUUAAAUGUAUUUCUUAAACAUAUCGGCUUGGAGGUGUGGUCUCUUCCAGUGUUAUUCAAUUAAUAUGACACAGUCCAAAAUAAUGUUACUCAGCCAGAGCUGAAACCCAAUUUUAAAAUGCAGUUAUAUAGAUCAGGCACAUUGCACUAAAGAAAUACAGUAAAAUUGUCAUAACUCACAAAUAGCCAAUGCAAAGCAUGAAAAGUUGACCUCAGUGACCCCCACAAACUGUCAUCAGCAUAAAUCUGAUACAAUAAACAUUACUGAAAAUAAUUGACUUCUAAUUGACAUUUACAGACAGUUGCGCACCCUUCAGCUGCAAAACUAAACAUGUCUUAGUUGUCAACAUUUGCAUAAUUCAUGCAAAUUUCAAAACAUUAAGGAGCAAUAUCAACAUUCAAAUCGCCAUUUUCUACUAGUUAAAUUAAAAUGAGACUUGAAAAAUCCCAGAAUCAGUCCCCAGAUGGAACCGAAGACUAAUGCGUUAACGAUAAAGUAGAUAAUGUUGCCCUGGGUCAAAAUAUAUAAUUGGGGGGGGGGGGGGGGGCUUCGCAACACAUUAGCAGAGAGUAAUCCAAUUAAAUUGACGUUGGCAACAUUUGAAGGGUUUAUUUAUCAUUUUCAUUGCUCAUUUGUCAGUCUAAUUUAAAUUAACCACAUAUUCGAGUGACUACGAUAAGUGCUAGAUGCAGAAUUUGCGCAUCAAUUACAGGUGACUCCGAAGACAUUUCAGUGUACCCUUCUUACAAAUCAUAAGCACUUGAGUUUCACAAUAUAACCAUUGUGGCACAAACCAUCCAGCUGCUUCAUUUACAGGCCUAUACUUGUUGGAAAACUUCGACAAAUGAAACUGUUUUGAAAAUAAAAGACGGAACUUUACUUCAGAGUAAGAUACAAUUUACUUGUUUUCAUGUCACUUUUGUGUUCUAUAAAUAUAUUAACAAAAAAUAGGAAGUGGUAAAGACUUGUUUAUGAACUGCAGUAACUUGAGAAUUUUGCAGUCGUUUAUCUCAUAGUGCAGUCAUGGAUGAUGUAUCAUGUAAAACAGAUCAUUUUAUAAUUGUUCUUCUAACAAAUCAUUAGCACUCUGAGCUUCACAUAAUUAUGGCAUAAUGAGUCAUUUCAUUUGUAGGCCUAUACUUGUCUUUAAGUUUGGUUUUACAUCCACCCAGAAAUACUAACUACAGACUUUAACAGAGCAAACAUACAUUUACUUGCAUUCUCUUGAAAUUCCACAUCCCUUCUGCCUAAUAUAAAUAUAGUAAGAAAAAAUUAGAAGUUAAAAUAUUUUGUAUUUGAUGCAUCAAAUGGACUAUAAAUAAAUCGCUACAUUUAAAUGUGCGAAUGUAACACUCAAAUUGUGCAAAUUUUCCAGAGAAUCAGGAGAUUUCUAGGACCUCAUUGCUUUAGACCCUAAAACCAUCUGUUAAGAAUUAUGUUCUUGCUAGACGGCAGUCAAUUCACACAACAGCUUGCAAUUCCAGUGCAUUGCAAUCCGUUAAAUCCUCAUCUGUUGUUAAGCAUUUAUCUCCCUCAAUUAAUAGGAAUCAAAGUCGUGGCCAAGGGCGAGAGAAUAUAAAACAGAAGCAUCUUUCAUUCCGCCGUGCCGCGUGCAAUCACAGAGAAAGAUUAUCGCACUUCAUCCACAACAGUUUGUUCCACAGAUUUAUCAGAGAGAGAGAGAAACCGGGGGUGGGGGGAUAACUGGGGGCGAGUGAUGAAUGAACAGGAAAGAGGCUGUGACUGAUCAGUAUUGAAAACCUGCGCUGCUCUAAACGUGUGAAAAGUGAACCUGGGAAAAGAACUCUUGAUGUCCACCAUGAUGGAGUGGGUCGCCAAAGGCCCUGCCCCAGAGACGUGUUUCCAGAAAUAUAGCAGGUACCAGAGUAUGAUGAAUGUCCCAAUAGUGCCACAAGCCUAUAGCACAGCAAAGAGAAUGAAAAAGAGAAAUUCUCAUUGAAUCAGUAAGGUGUAAUUUUGCAUGGUCAUUUUUUCUUUACGUGUAAACAUAUACAGCGAAUUUAGUUUUGCCAGAUUUUGCCACUUUUACUUUGGCUCACCACCUUACAGUAAUAAAAAUCCAUUCACUCAUUUUUUUUUUUUUUAUCCUUAAAGCCUAGAAAAUAUGUUGCAGACAUUUCAUGAAGACCCUAAAGAAUCAUACUUACUUGUGAAAAUGGGCAUGCAGUGUCCACUUUAGGGAAGGUAAUUGCUGAGCCUGCAUGCUUCACUGUCUUAUGAUUUUGAGUUGAUGGCGCCUUUCAAGUGGGAACGGGUGACAAAUUGGGAUCGUUGUUGGGACAUGUACAACGGAGCCCUAAACCUCUCCUUUAUAACCAGUGAAUAGUAACCACUGUUUAAUCAUACAGUCUGUUAUUUUAAUAACCAAGGUCACAAGAUCUGUUGUGCAAGUAAACAUACCUUUUUAAUUGAAAUAUCCAACAAGUCGGAUUAGGUAGAGCACUUUUUCCUUGCAAGGCUACCAGACCAUGCAAAAUUUAAUGUGUAAGAACAUUGUGAAGACAGCAAAUGGGAGUAAAAAUAUUAAUAAAAAUGUGUGAGUACAUUGGAGUCAGUUAAA